AUAUCCCAACUGUCACCAUUUCCCAGAAUGCCUACAGCACCAACACAGGAAACAGUAUCACCCUGGGAUGUACCGUGUCUGCCAACCCGACCCAUACCACUGUGUUCUGGCAGCGUAAUGUUAAUUCUGGUACACAGUCCAUCACCAUUGAUGGUGUCAACUACUCUGGCUCUACGGUCAAUUCUCCGUCCCUGACCGUUCUCAACGCUAACACAGCUGACAGUGGUUCCUACACCUGUUUCGCCACCAACUCUGUAGGAACUGGACAAAGUAGUGCUACCUCACUGACAGUUUCAGGAAACAUUCCAACUGUGAUCAUUUCCCAGAAUGCCUACAGAACCAACACAGGAAACAGUAUCACCCUGGGAUGUACCGUGUCUGCCAACCCCGCACGUACCACUGUGUUCUGGCAGCGUAAUGUUAAUUCUGGUACCCAGACCAUCACCAUUGAUGGUGUCAACUACUCUGGCUCUACGGUCAAUUCUCCGUCCCUGACCGUUCUCAACGCUAACACAGCUGACAGUGGUACCUACACCUGUUUUGCCACCAACUCUGUAGGAACUGGACAAAGUAGUGCUACCACACUGACAGUCUCAGGAAAUAUCCCAACUGUCACCAUUUCCCAGAAUGCCUACAGCACCAACACAGGAAACAGUAUUACCCUGGGAUGUACCGUGUCUGCCAACCCGACCCAUACCAACGUGUUCUGGCAGCGUAAUGUUAAUUCUGGUACCCAGACCAUCACCAUUGAUGGUGUCAACUACUCCGGCUCUACGGUCAAUUCUCCGUCCCUGACCGUUCUCAACGCUAACACAGCUGACAGUGGUACCUACACCUGUUUCGCCACCAACUCUGUAGGAAAUGGACAGAGUAGUGCUACCACACUGACUGUUACAGGAAGUCUACCAGUGGUGACGGUUGCCCAGAGUAGCUACACCAUAACAACGGGAGGCACCAUCACCCUCGUGUGUACCGUUAGUGCCAACCCGUCCGCUUCCUCUGUCUCCUGGAGACGAUUGGUCGGAGGUGUGUCCACAGCCAUCAGCGUUAGCGGUACCAAGUACUCUGGUGUUUCUCUCUCCAAUCCAUCCCUGACCAUCAGCAACUCCCAGAACAGUGAUGAAGGUUUCUACAUCUGUCAGGCGACAAACAUCGUAGGGACAGGCGAAAGUACCACCUACCUCACUGUCAGUGGAAAUAUACCUGUUGUUACCAUACCCCAAAACGCCUACAGUAUUCUCACUGGUGGCUCCAUCGUUAUCGACUGUACCGUGACCGCUGUCCCAGCACACACAUCUGUCACAUGGCGCAAAACUUUGACGGAUGGCACCACAUCAAUCCUCCAGAUCGAUGGAGUCAACUACAGUGGUGGUACGGUAAACAGUCCAUCUCUGAGCGUCAACAACGCUGACAGCAGCGACAUAGGCUUCUAUGUGUGUACAGCGACCAACAGCAUCGGAACAGGAACCAGCAGCCAGGCCUAUCUCUCCGUCACAGGUGCCCCACCGACAGCCACUGUAGCCCAGACAGCCUACACCAUCAUCACUGGAGCAUCGGUCACACUGCAAUGUUCCGUAUUUGGGACCCCAGCUGUUACCGGUGUCACGUGGACAAGAACUUUCACUAACGGAGCGAGCAACACGAUCAGCAUCAACAGUCAGAAGUAUGCUGGCUCCACAGUCAACAAUCCUUCACUGACCAUCUUCAACACAGACAGCAAUGAUCAGGGCACCUAUGUCUGUACAGCCACGAACACGCUAGGGUCUGGCCAAAGUCAAACUGUGUCACUCUCCGUUACCGGAAAUCCACCGACCGUAACAGUGAGUCAGACCCAGUACACGGCUAUCACUGGAUCGUCCGUGACACUGCAGUGUUCCGUGACGGCUGUCCCAGCAGCUACCAGUGUAUACUGGGAGAGAACCUCGAACGGCUUUACUAACCAGCUGACCAUCGACCAGGUUCAGUAUGGAGGCUCAACCAUCAACUCACCAUCCCUGGUUAUCUACAAUGCCAACAGCGCUGACAGUGGAGUGUACAUCUGCAAAGCAACAAACAGUAUCGGCACCGGCCAGAGUCAGGGAGUCACAGUAACCUUCACUGGGUCUCUGCCCGUCGUCAAUAUACAGCAAGCUACCUACACUGUGAACACUGGCGCCUCAGUUACACUUGUAUGUACCGUGACGGCCACUCCACAAGCUACUUCUGUCACCUGGCGCAGAACCAUUGGUGGUGUCCCCACUGUAAUCGGCAUCAAUGGUGGGAAGUACAAUGGUGGAUCCGUCAACACCCCUUCUCUUUUCAUUUCUAGUACCAGUAGCAGUGACAUCGGCUCCUACACCUGUCAAGCCACCAACGCAGUCGGCACGGGAACCAGCUCCGAUACAUACCUAGAUGUUGUUGGAUCCCUCCUGGCUGUCCAAGUGGCCCAGUCCUUUUAUACGGUACCGAGGGGACAGUCUGUUACCCUGGUGUGCACCGUGUCGGGAACGCCUUCAGCCACCUCCGUUACAUGGAGGCGCACUUCAGGCGGUUUUACCAACAAUGUUAAUAUUGACAACAACAAAUAUCAGGGAUCUAGUAUCAACAGUCCAUCCCUUGUCAUCAACAACGCGGACAGUGUCGACACCGGUACAUACGUGUGUACAGCCACCAACAGUGUCGGAACAGCCACGAGCUCACAGACAACGCUGUCCGUCACCGGAGAGAUCCCGACCGUCACCAUUCCUUCCCCAUCCUACAGCAUUGUGACUGGGUCAUCCAUCACCAUCACCUGUACAGUCACAGCAAAUCCUCAGCAUACCUCUGUGUCCUGGACUAGGACAGACAACGUCAAUAGCAACGCUGUGUCCAUCGUCAUCGACGGCACCACCUAUAGCGGUGGCUCUGUCAACAACCCAUCUCUCACCAUCAACAGUGCCAGUUCCGCAAACCAGGGUUACUAUGUCUGUCGGGCUACUAACAGCAUCGGCACCGGAACCAGUGGCCAGUCAUACCUCACCGUAACAGGAGCCUUGCCAUCUGUGACCAUCCCGUCCAAUGCUUACUCAGUCAUCACUGGGAGCACCAUCCAGAUUCCCUGUGCUGUAGUGGCCAGUCCUUUUGCCAACACUGUGACCUGGACCAAAUCUGCUGGCACUAACUCUGCUAUUAGCAUAAUCAGUAUUGACGGCUCAAAGUACCAGGGAGGUGCCCCGAACCUUCCCAGCCUCACUAUCACCAACGCCAACACCAACGACCAGGCCUACUACAGAUGUUCUGCUGCCAACAGUGUUGGCUCAGCUGAGAGUAUUCUCACCUACCUAACUGUCUCCGGAAAUGUGCCAGCUGUUACGAUUUCACAACCUCAAUACAGUACCGUUCUGGGCACCUCGGUGACCAUUGACUGUACCGUGACCUCUACACCGCAAGCCAACACCGUCGCCUGGGAACGUGUCAUCGGUGGACAGACAACCACCCUUACCAUCGACGGCACAAAAUUUGUUGGUUCUUCUGUCAACAACCCAUCUCUCACUAUCACUGAUGCCUCGACUAACGACAUGGGUUACUACGUGUGUACGGCCAUCAACAAUGUCGGUGUUGGUCGUAGUGCACAGGCUUACCUAACUGUGGAUGGCUUGGUAGCCGCGGUUGUGAUCAGCCGGCCGUCCUACUCCUUUGUCCUGGGCGAGACUGCCGUUAUUGACUGCGACUACAGCUCCUCACCCGACGCGACAUCUGUCUACUGGCAGAAGAUCGUGGACACACAGACAACCCGCAUCAACACCUUUAACACCAACAAAUACAGCGGUUCUACCUUGUCCAACCCUUCACUGACCAUCACUAAUACAGACAGUAGUGACCAGGCCUUCUAUCGCUGUGUAGUGGUCAACAGUGUCGGGGAGGGCCGGAGCAACCAAGCCUACCUCUAUAUCACAGGAAACAUUCCUUCAGUCACUGUACCUCAGAGUUCAUACAGUGUUUCCCUUGAUGAUACCGUCACCAUCACCUGUACUGUAUCGGCUGUCCCGUCAGCAACCACGGUUACCUGGGAGUACAUCGAUUCUAACGGUGUUAACAGCAAUGUGAAUGUGGGUAACUCCAGGUACAGCGGUGGUACCCUAGCCAACCCUUCCCUGGUCAUCUCGACCGCCAGACUUAGUGACCAAGGCACUUACAGGUGUAAGGCUAGCAACAGUGUUGGUACAGGAGAGAGUCAACAGGUGUACCUUUACGUCACCGGCACCCUGCCGUCUGUGCGAGUGACCGUGUCCGCCUACACGGUAGAUGUGGACACCACUGCCACACUUGCCUGUAUUGUGGAUGCCUCCCCAGCAGCCACCUCUGUAUACUGGACCAAAAUUGUGGAUGGCGUGUCGUCCACCAUCAGUACAACCACCAACAAGUACAGUGGCUCGACUGUCGGCUCCCCGUCACUCAUUGUCUACAGCCUUGUUCUGGGUGACGAGGGUAGCUACAGAUGUAACGCUAUCAACACUGUCGGCACUGGGCAGAGCGGUCUCACCUCCCUUAUAGUGGCCUAUGCUCCCAGGAACACAGUUGUGAACCCCACAUCUGUGACGACCCGAGAAGGCCAAUCUGCAACCUCGGAGUGUAUCACAGAUGCUAAUCCUGCUGCCACCUUCCAGUGGGUCAAGGACAACACCAACCAGGUCGUGGGUGUCGGUAAAAUCCUUCUCAUCACCAACGUAGACCGUGGCCAUGACAGCAGCUAUUCCUGUAUCGCCACCAACAGCCAGGGCUCUCAGACCGCCAAGUUUGAGCUGGAUGUUCAGUACAAACCUAUCAGCACUGUCACCGUUGCCCAAGCAGCUGUCCUGUUGAGUCUGAACGCACAGAGAGACAUCGAGUGUAACACUGUGGCCAAUCCUGCUGUACAGACCUACAGAUGGCAAAAAGAUGGAAACAGCAUUGCAAAUGCGAACAGUCUCAUCUACCGAGUCGUUGCCACCGAUUCCAAUAGCUAUGGCGUGUAUACUUGCUAUGCCACCAACACUAUUGGCGAGUCGUCAGCCAUCGCCUACACUGUGUCCUCAGGUGAAGUGUCCCCGACUGUUACACCAACAGUAGAUGGUAUCAGUGCUGGCCUUGUCGUCGCAAUCGUCAUCUCAGCUCUCGUCCUGAUUCUCAUCAUUAUCAUCAUCGUCUGCUGCUGCGUGUCAAGAGGUGUGUGUAGAGAGGAAGCUGUAGAGAGACAGAGAGUGAUUGUUGAGAAACCUAGACCAAUGCAGUACAUAAAUCCUGCACCAAUGAUUCUCCCCAGACAGGAGAUGAUCACUAUGGAUGACGGAUUCUACAGGACGCCCACACCCCAGUACCAGUACACACCACAGCUGGCGUACUACGAGACCGAGGGAUCCAGGAAAAGCAUGCAGUGAACUAAGGGGUUCAGUUUGGAAAUCUCCACAGCAGUGUGAGAGGGGGACCAUCAGAUGUCAUCAAUAAUUACAUUCCCCAUUUUCUGGGUCUAUAACAAAGUUAUUGAAAGGAAUUGUUUAAUUCAGAAUUCCACACAAUCAGGAAGGACUGUGAACCAGUUUGUUUGAUAAAUAGGAUUAAUGUGUUUGAAUGUAGAUUAUCAACCAAUGAUGAAAUCCAUGUGUAAUAAUAGUUAAUUGAUUUUCAUCUGUUCUGACUGUUGAUUACUGUUAUGAGGACUCCACAGUUUCGAUCUAUGAAGCCAAAUAGGACAUGUCGGAGACCACAUCAUUUGGCCAGUUUGCUAGGGGUUCAAGAUUGUAGAAAGUCUCUCAAAGUCAUUGUCACAGGAAAAUUGUUUGGCCACUUUAGAAAAAACUUCGGAGUGGUAAGAGUAUAUAUUUGUUUUAGAAGGAACUUAUAGUUAUAAAGAUAUAGCUUGUCUUGUGUAGAGCCUAGAUUACCAUUUAUUUUGAUUUUUAACUUAAAAGUAUGCUGUACAGGAAAUACUUUAACAAAUGUAUGAUUUCUUGUAAAAAGAAACACCAGCACAAAAAAAGUACUGUUAUUAAAUAUACAUAUCAAUGUUACUUUUUAACUAACUAUCAUUCUCCUGCCAAGAACACUACUUCUGUUUUUCCCCCAAUUUCAUUCCAAAAGAUGCUGACAUUCCAACAGAGUACCACGUAAUAGCAAUCAGAUAAGGAAAGGUUUUUACAUGUUACAAGUAUUGUGUAUGAAAAGGCAGCUUUCAUUAUCAUGUGUUUGUCAAAUGUCAUGAUGUACAUAAUACAUUAUGGGGACACAACCCUUUCUACAUUCCAUUGGAGGCAAGACAUAUUUUUAUAGUUUAUUAUUUACAAGUUUGCUUGAAAUAUUUGAAUUUAAGAUUUCCAUUUGAAGUGGUGGUAUUGUUAGUGAGUUCCUACUUCAAUAAUACUGCUACAAUAGCUGACAUUGUCUCCAUUUUAUUUCUUCAUGGGAAUAAAUGUUUGUGUUCUUGUGUUCAAAGAAAGGUUUGUUGAUGAAAUGUAAGAGAAAAUCUGUUUUCAUUGUUAAAUGAGGUUUUUUAACGAAAGCUCAGAGAAAUAGUUAAGUAGGCGAAGUGGGUAAUAUUAGUGGUGUAUGGAGGAAGAGAAAAUUCAUAAAAUAAUGCUUUGUGUACAUAUAUACAUAUACUUUCAUAUAUAUUUACAUAUUAUAUAUAUAUAUAUAAAUACUAUAAUUUUCUAAUAUUUCAAUCUUUUAUUUUUACUUGCAUAUUUAGUGUAAGAUUUAGUGAUGGUUUCCAUGGUAUAACAGUUUAUAGACGUCUGUUUCGUAAGCUGAUAUAUAUAUAUAUAUAUAUAUAAUUUAGUAGACGCUCCAGAAAACAGAUGACACCUGGAUCUUCCCAGUUACAUAAGUUAUCAGGGUACCUACGUAUUCUGUAGUAGAGAACAUUUUAUGUUAAAUACCUACGGAUGUUCUUUAACAGAUUAGAUAUUUCGCUGUGAUAUUUAGAUUCCAUUCAUCAUCUAUAUUGGCAAUGAAAAAGAUAUACCUGACUUUGUGAAAAUGCUCCAAAUGAUGUUAUUGACUAUCAAAACUACAUGUAUUUCUAUGUAAAUGAAAGGUGAUCACAAUCAAGUAUAUCAUAGAUAGACGAAAUAAAUUUCUAUAUACUACGGAA